UGGGGUCCGGAUCGCGUCGGAAAACUUUUCCAUGAGAUAAUAAUUCGUAUUUCAAUCAACUUCGGAUGACCUUGGAAUAAUGGAACGCGAAAAGAAGACUAUUAAUGUAAAUUAAUGUGAAGAGAAUUAAUCGUGAUAUAUGUUUAUUCACGUAAUAUAUGUAGUUUCGUGUCUAGUGACGAUUAGUGAGUCUAGUCUCUAUAACUUACCAGAGAAUCCACGACGCCAACGCGAGAAAAGAACAAUUUCUUGCUGAAUAAACGCGUUUUUAAGAAACUUCUCGAAACCAGUCAAUGUAUGUAUAUCUUUGCAUUUUAAAAAUGGUGCAACGUGCGGAUACUACGAAAAUUUUUAAAAAUUAUUGCACGAAUUUCGCGUGUACAAAGUUUCAAAGGGCCACAAGUUAUUCGAAGAUAGUUUUGUGAAUAUUCAAGAAAGGAUAACAAUAAUUAACAUCAAAUGUCGCGAUAACAUUGAAAGUGAUUAGCAACUUUUACAAUCGUUUAACUCGGGUAAUCGAAAUUUUAUAACCCAGUGCAAAGUUUAGCAAAGAAAAGGAAUAAGUCGAUGUCAGUGAAAAAUGAUUAACAUACUCUGUUCAUGUUUUAAAGAAAAUUUGCUUUGUACGGAGUCAAUGGGUGAUUGAUACCACAUUGUGUAUCUUAAUCGCUAAAUGAUGCAACAGUCGUGGCCCGUUUUGUAUAUUUAUCAUUGAAGUUCCUUUAGGAACCCACAACUCAGAUGAGCCUAGUCGUAUUAAAGUUUAAUAUGUUUAUCUGGUAAAUUCAAACAUUUUACCCUGUCUGGCAAGGGCUUCCUCUUAAGUAUGUAUUGCACGUAACGUUCUGCUAAAAAGACUAUCCUUAUAGCGUGAACGAACUACAAUGUUUGACCCAUUAAUCGUAGCCCAAUUAAUCAAAAGAGUGAUAAAGUGUUACUUUGUCGUGAGGGAAAAAAGAGCCAUGGUACUUUUAGCAGUGUAUUAAAGAAAUACGGAAGGGGGUGACAAAAUAAACGUUAUUCAAUAUUCAAAACAAGAAAAAUGUAUAUCAGGGUUACGGACCAUCUGAUCACUUUUGUGCUGUUCCUGUUGGUCAUAUUCGUUAAAGACGUCUUCGCGAUCAACAUCACCGGUGUGGAUAUACCUCAUCUGGUCAAAGCCGGCACCGAUCAGCCAAUAGUGCUCGACUGUAACUACGUAAUAAAUUCAUCAAUGAAUACCGAGCUGGUGAUAAAAUGGUACGUCAAUCAAGACGUGAUCUAUCAGUGGAUACGCGGCAACAAGCCGACGGGUUCCGACGAAUUUCACAAAUAUAUCGACCCCUCGUACAAGGCUAGCGAGAAUCCGGACACCAUGUACAGGGCGGUCAAGCUCGUGAAACCGGGACACGAUCUGACCGGUAAGGUGCGCUGCUUAAUAUCGACGCAGUACGAGGAAGCCGAAGCCAGUGGCUGGAUGCUUGUAUACUCACCAGAAACGGACUUUCGGUGGGAAGUCCGAAGGGGCUAUGGAGAUUCGCAUCAACUCGCGAUGAUUUGCACGGCGGAAAACUUGUAUCCGCGGCCAACAAUGAGGAUACUUCAAGACAGAAUUCCCCUUGACGAUCAGAAGCAUCGUUAUCGAAACAAAAGUGACGGUCGCUACGACGUGGAGACGCUGGCGAUUCUUAAUGCGAAGGAGAUCAAACUACCCAUCACAAUGCAGUGCGAAAUAUCUAUACGGGAAGCCAAUUACACUUCCGUUCGAGAAUACGUGUACAAUGGAGCCAAUCUUCCGGGACUGUCAUCUUUGCUGGUAAUGGCAGGACUCAUAACAACUAAUCGUCAAUAACUAUGAAUGAUUCCUAAAGAGUUAUAAUAAUAAUAAUUGAUAAUUAAAUCGAUAAUGAAAUUGGCGCUUUUAAUUGUUUAAGAGUGUUUGUCGGUAUGCUUGCGUUUCGAAAGGCAUUUUUUUUUGAAUUCGUUAAAUAUACGAAAAAAAAUUAAUUUACGCCGAGGAGAAGGAAACCAAAAUUUCACUUCUCGCUCAAAAAGAAAAAAAGAUUGAUGAAGCUUAAAAAAAUUUUCGAAAUGCUUACAGCACAAACAUUGGGAUAUACGGAUUUUAUCUCUGGGUACAAUUCCCUGGACAAUAUGGUGAUCUUGUACAGUGACGUCAUUUAAAGAAAAAAUUAACGUGCCCUACCUACUAGGUUAAAACUGGAGGAGGUCCUUUACGUCGACGAAAUAUUCACGGUCGAUAUUCCAAAUUUGAUUUUCCUGAAAAUUGUUGCCUGAUCGGUUCCAACAAUUUGAUAACAAACGUUCGCCCGAAUAUUUUUCUCGCCAUGACAUCUCUACAAUAUAAGAUACAUUCGUAUAUUCCAUUGAGUCGUGCUGAAAAACGCGGUAGCCCAAUUGAAACGAUUUUCACGCGAUCGGAAAAUUUUCAAUCAAAAAGUUUUAUGCUAGUCAAUGCGUCGGCUAUUGUUGGCGCCAAGUCAUUACUACGUAUGUACAUAAUAUCGAUACACACACACAGGGCACACAAUACCUCCUUAUGCAAUUGGAGAGAUAUCGUAAUUACAUAUUGAUUACGUAUUAAUUAGCUUGCUUGGACAAUGAAGAUUACGACGAAUUACUAUGUAUUAGUAUGAAACUACAUAAUUACGUAUAUUGUGUGUAUAUAAAUAUACAGAAUGGCUAGAUUGAGGUAGGUAUGAAAAUGGGCUCUGCUCACAACGGGAAACUAGAAUAAUUAAAAAAGAAGAACUUGAGGCAUCCAACGUUAGAAUUUUUGAACAAUCUUAGCCCAGCGUAACCAUUUCCGAGCCCUUCACGGUAGAGCGGAGUGGCUGAGAGUGGAAACUUUUUGGAAAAAUGCGAUGUGACUGCCGCUUUAUGGUUCCCUAAGUAGUCGUUGCGAUAAAACAAAAAACUUCGGGGACAUUCCUGGAAGUAUGAAAUUCAGGUAACCCUGGCAAUCUUGGGAGCAGCCUUUCUGUAUAUUUAUUAUAUGUAUAGGUAUAUUUAUAUGUAUAUAAAUUUGUCAAAGAGCAGUUUCGAGGACGUAUGGCACUCACAACGGCAAGCCAAUGUGGUUUUUUCUAAAACAAACGAAAAAGUAUACCUUGGGACAUGUGACAUUGGAGUUCUAACUUAAUCUAACCUAAGGAAACCAUUUGUUAGCUCAUCAAAACUCCGAGUGUGUACCAUAAAUAAUUUUGUUGGAAAAUUCAGUGUGAGUGUCGCUUUAUGGUCCUGGCAGUAUACGUUACGUAUCAAAGUACUUCUAAGCCCCCAUCCUGAAAAACAUCAAGUGUCCCCAUAACUGUCAAUACUCAAGACAAAAAGUCCUCGAAACUACCCUUUUGAUAAAUUUAUAUGUAUAUGU